UCUUUCCAUGGAACAAACAAGCAAUCCUUCCACGGAGACUUAAUUAAUAACUACAGACCAUAAACCAUUCUCUCUCGCUCUCUCUCUCUCCCUUCCUCUUUUUUCUUCAAACAUUUCAAGAAAAGAAAUUUCAAGAACACACCAUUGACAAAAUUUGCAUGAUUGCAUAUAUAAUACCUUUUUCCACUUGGAGGCCUCCUAUAUACACACUUUCAUUUGCAAUUUUACUUACAAGAAUUCAAGAACUGGAGAACUUGUAACUCAAGACUUCAAGGAUCCAAGAAAUCGAUAAGUAGCAGUUAAGGUGGUUUCCAUUUUUUGUUGAAACACCAAAAUAACACCAAAAAUGAAAACGAAACCACUGUUACUUUUCUUCUUUAUCUUCUUCUUGCUGGAUUCUUGGUCAAUUAUAGAGUCUGAUCUAGCAUCAGAUAGAGCUGCUCUUGAAGCUUUGCGCAAGGCAGUAGGCGGUAGAUCCCUUCUUUGGAAUCUUUCAAGUAGUCCUUGCACAUGGGCAGGCGUGAAUUGUGAAAAAGACAGAGUUGUACAUUUACGCUUACCUGGUAUGGGUCUGUCUGGGAGACUUCCUAUCGCUCUUGGUAAUCUAACGCAGUUGCAAACUCUCUCUCUUCGCUUUAAUGCUCUUUCAGGUCCAAUUCCAGCUGAUAUUGGAAAUCUUGGUCCGUUGAGAAAUCUCUACUUGCAAGGGAAUUUGUUUUCUGGAGAGAUUCCUGGGUUCUUGUUCAAUUUGCAGAACUUGGUAAGGCUUAAUUUGGCUCAUAAUAAUUUUUCUGGUGAAAUUUCUCCAGAUUUUAAUAAGUUGACACGGUUACGGACUCUUUAUUUGGAGCAGAACCAGCUUAAUGGUUCUAUUCCUGAAUUGAAUUUGCCAUCACUUGAUCAAUUUAAUGUUUCUUUUAAUAAAUUAAGUGGGUCUAUUCCUGAUAAGCUAUCUAGCAAGCCUCCAUCUGCUUUUUUGGGGAAUUCUCUUUGUGGGAAACCUUUGACAACUUGUAAUGGAACUUCAAAUGGGGAUGAUGAUGAUAAAUUAUCUGGUGGAGCAAUUGCUGGGAUUGCGAUUGGUUGCGCUAUUGGAUUUUUGUUAAUUUUACUGAUUUUGAUCUUUUUAUGUCGAAAAAGAACCAAAAGUGGUGCUGCUAAAGAUACUGAAGUCCCAAAGCAUGGAGAAGUUGAGAUUUCCAGCGAAAAGGCCGUGGCUACUAGUGGUAAUGCCAGCAGCACAGGGUUUGCUGCUGGUGGAGGGUCUGGGGGAGUGGCUGUGGCAGUGGCUAAAGGUGAAGGUAAGAGUAGUGGGGCUAAGAAUUUGGUGUUCUUUGGUUACACACCAAGAGGGUUUGAUUUGGAGGACUUGUUGAGAGCUUCUGCAGAAGUUCUUGGGAAGGGGACUUUUGGAACAACUUAUAAGGCUACUUUAGAGAUGGGAAUAGUGGUGGCUGUGAAAAGGUUGAAGGAUGUUACCGUAACGGAGAAAGAAUUUAGAGAGAAGAUUGGAAGUGUUGGGAAUAUAAAUCAUGAGAAUUUGGUCCCAUUAAGAGCUUAUUAUUACAACAAAGAUGAAAAGCUUCUUGUUUAUGAUUACAUGCCGAUGGGAAGCUUGUCUGCUCUUCUACAUGGAAAUAGAGGAGCUGGUAGGACUCCAUUGAAUUGGGAGACCAGGUCUGGCAUUGCCCUUGGAGCUGCUAGAGGAAUUGCACACCUGCACUCUCAAGGCUUUACGAACUCUCACGGAAACAUUAAAUCAUCAAAUAUUCUCCUUACUACAUCAUUUGAGGCUCGUGUCUCCGACUUUGGCCUUGCGCAUCUUGCAGGACCUACACCAACUCCCAACCGUGUUGAUGGCUAUCGUGCUCCGGAGGUGACAGAUGCUCGCAAAGUAUCCCCAAAAGCAGAUGUUUAUAGCUUUGGCAUUUUACUUUUGGAAUUGCUUACAGGAAAGGCUCCUACUCAUUCCCACUUGAAUGAGGAGGGAGUUGACCUUCCAAGAUGGGUUCAGUCUGUGGUCAAAGAUGAGUGGACUACAGAGGUGUUCGAUCUUGAACUUCUUCGAUAUCAGAAUGUAGAAGAGGAUAUGGUUCAACUUUUGCAGCUAGCAAUCAACUGUACUGCUCAAUAUCCAGAUAAUCGCCCUUCAAUGGCUGAAGUGAGAAACCAAAUUGAGGAGAUUUGCCAUUCUAGCUCCCAAGCACAGGACACGCACCAAGACAUUGAGGAUGACAAGUCCUCUCAACAAACAUACUCGAUUGAUUCAGGUGCACCACCAUCUUCAUAAAGGGCCAAAGAAAGAUCAGUGAUCUUUUUUUCAGUUCCCCAUUUUUAAUACAUUUAUUACUAGAGUGUUUCAAUUUGUUUGUUUAUUGUCAGGUUCAACUUUGAGAAACAACUGCCCAUGUUCUUCAUUUUUUUUCCCUCCAAAUUUUCAUUUUUCCUUUACCCUUUUUUUCAUAGCAGAGAUUACUUUUGCACAUGUAACUUUACCUACCUUUCACCUAUAUGUGAGAGGAGGAUUCCAACACUAUUAUUUGUACUUGCCUGGUGUGAAAUGUGAAUAACUAGCAAGUUGCUUUAGUUGAGUACAAGGCAUCCUCUAAUUCUAUGUUUA